AGGAAUAUAUAAUAGUAAACCUCACAAGUAUAGAUGUAGAUAGGCUGCAUUAGUUAUAAACUAGUGGUUUACACUGAAACCCAUUCUCUAUUACUACUUUAAUCUUGAAGCGUUAACUCUAUGCCUAUGCUUUGCUUAUUUUUUGGUUUGUGCAAGCAUAGAAGGUAAUUUAAAACAGCUUUUUGCUUAAUUAAGCUGUAGUUAAUGAUUUUGACAAUUGACUUAAGGUGACUUCGGAAUAUAUAUUUUUUUAAGUAUUGGUUAUACAGGAUUUGUUACAUUGAUAAUUAAAGAAGAAUAAAAAGGAAUUAUAAUUGUGGAAGAAAAUCUACGGGACAAAUUUGGAUUUAAAUUAGAUCAAUGGACCGGACUUAAAGCUUACAAGUGUAGCAUACAUCAUACAUAUCAAAUUAGUGUUUAAUAUGAGAAGUAUUAUGGAGAUGGAAUAGUACAUUUGCAAAGCACUGCUGACUGGAUUUAUCACAUUAACAUUAGGCUGCAUCAGUGUUACUAAAUAAGCAAGGUGAAAAUGGAUGCUAUAUUAAAAUCAUUUAUGGGAGGAAACAGGACAUUAAACAAAAUUAAAUUAUGCAAACACAUUUUUGCUUUUUAAAAGCUUUGAUGGAAUAAAAUAGAUGUUUAUGUCCUAUAGCUGAUUAUUAACUUGAAAAUAAAAUUGUUAAAUAAAUUCAAAUAUUAACAUUGAUAUAUAGCAGAUAUAAUGAUAUACAGAAAACAGAUAUAGUCAAAACGGAUCAAACAAAAGUGGGCUGCUUUUAACAUUGCAGUUUUAUAUCUAAAACAUAAGGGAUGAAGAAAACCUUCGAGAGAAAUAAUAGACAGAAUAUCAAAUAAAAAUAUUGUGUUGUUUUAGAAAACAAAAAUAAAGUGACUGAAUAUAAAUGUUAUGAGGAAAAAAGUAAAUACAAAAUAACACCAAAGGAGACUGGAUAUAAUUUGUUUUAAUUGCAAUUAAUUGGAGAAAAAAACAUAAGUGACUUAAUAUAAUCAAAAUUUAAUUUGAAAAACAUUGGAAAAACAACAACAACGUGGAACGGUUCAAGCUCUGCAGGCUGCAGUGAUUGUGAAUAGAUCGUGUAAAAUCAUGAUGAAUGGACGAGGUGAUAAGUUAUCUCCCUUACACGGGAGGAGUUGUCUGCUGCUGCUACUGACCUCUAGUCUGGCGGUAUGUUCUGUGUCAGGACUUUCCAGGGCUCAUGAUCAUCACUAUAGCAACCAACAUAGCAACAAAUCUAGCAACAGUAACCAUGAUGGCAAUACUCAACAUCACACAACAGUCAAAGAUCAAGAGUCGUAUGCGAUCGUUUACCCGGAGAUCAUCGAUAACAGAGAUGGCAUCCUAGUGAAUGACGUAAAAGGGUAUGUCAGAAGACGAAAAAGAACACUGGGCGAGGAAAACAAACCGCUAGAAAUCACAAUUAGUGGAGGCGGGCAACUCUUUGACCUUGAACUCUGGGAAAAUGAGAAUCUGUUCUCCCCUGGUUUCAAAAUCUACCACAGACAAACACUCAAACAGGCACAAUCAGAGAAGGAGUUACCUCUUGAAGAUGUGUUUGGUUGCCAUUUUACAGGGCAUUUGAAAGGCCAGUCGGGAAAUCCAGCCUCUGUCUCCAUAUGCAAUGGUUUGAAUGGCAUAAUUCGUGGAAACAAUGAUGACUACUUGAUUGAGCCUGUUAAAGAGGCUUCCGUCCAUGGUUCGUCCGGUUUUGUUGGGCAGCCGCAUAAACUUUACAAGCGAUCACUGGUCGACUCACGCAAUCAACACAGAUAUGAGGCAAAGAAAGCAGGUCAGGAUUCGAUUAUUCUUGAGAAAGACGUAAUGCUGGAUUCUAAUGAAGUUGAAAUCAAGGAACAAAGCCAUAUCCUCAUCAACAAUGAAAUUGACAACUCGCUUGACAAAAUGUACCACUCGGUGGAGAAACGUUCUGCGUACAAGUACAAGUUUCUUAAGGAGAUGAACACACCCAAGACUGUGGAAGUGUUGGUUGUCGUGGAUAAGAACAUGUACCACAACCAUGGCGACGCCAACAUCACCACCUACACUCUCACCCUUUUUAAUAUGUUGUCCCAGCUGUUUAAGGACGGUUCCCUAGGCAACAAGAUCAAUGUAGUUCUAGUGGGACUGAUACUUCUGGAGGGAGAUGAGCGAGGUUUGAACAUCGAUUACAAUGCAGAUGCCACCCUGAACAGUUUCUGUCAAUGGCAGUCAGUGCUUGUGGGAGCGAACGGACGCCAGCACGAUCAUGCCAUUCUUCUCACUGGCCUUGACCUGUGCUCCUAUAAAAACUCACCCUGUGACACACUCGGUUUUGCACCCAUGGAGGGCAUGUGUAACCGUGUACGCAGUUGCACGGUCAAUGAGGACACAGGCUUGUCUACUGCCUUCACUAUCGCGCAUGAAGUGGGACACAACUUUGGCAUGUUCCACGAUGGGGAGGGAAACUACUGUACGGAGUCUGCAGGCAAAAUCAUGUCCCCCACCCUGAUGGGCAAGGAUGGCCAGUUUCAUUGGUCCGUCUGCAGCAAGGCCUACCUCAUGAGGUUUCUUAACACGCCACAGUCAGACUGUCUGGAUGAUGAACCACGGCAAGUAGCUGAGCUGAAGUUCCCAGACAAGCUUCCGGGAGAACUGUACAAUGCGGACAUCCAGUGCAAAUGGCAGUUUGGAAACAAGGCUCGCCACUGCACGUAUGACUUUGGAAAGGAUAUCUGCAAGGCGCUCUGGUGUUACCGAGGCAACAAAAGGUGUGAGACCAAGUUCCUGCCAGCUGCGGAGGGAACUUCUUGUGGAGAGGGAAAGUGGUGCCGCAUGGGUAAAUGUGUUGACUAUGGUAACGAUGGUCCCAGACCGAUCCAUGGUGAGUGGUCAACAUGGUCCGAGUGGUCGGAGUGUUCCAGAACCUGCGGGGGAGGAGUUAUAACACGGGACAGGGAGUGCUCCAGACCACUGCCGCAGUAUGGUGGGCGAGCCUGCGAGGGGGAGGACAAGGUGUACAAGAUGUGCAACGUCCAUGAGUGCCCGACUGACAGCGAGGACUUCCACGCCGUGCAGUGCGCCACCUACAACAAACAGCCGUUCAGAGGCUGGUACCUGCAAUGGAAACCCCAGAAACGUGUCAAUGAUGUGACUGAGCCCUGCAAGCUGUUCUGUGUAGCAGACACCUCAAAUUACGUGUUCACCAUCAAACACACGGCCACAGAUGGCAUGCAGUGCGGGGCAGAAGACAACAAGAUCUGCGUGCAGGGCGAGUGCAUGUCUGUAGGGUGUGACUGGAUUGUUGGCUCAACGCAGACCACAGACAUGUGUGGUGUUUGUAAUGGCGAUAAUUCCACCUGCCGUCUCAUUCAAGGGGAGUACAUGGAACAGCCAAAACUUAACACCUACUUCCCAGUCACAAUCCUCCCAAAGUCUGCCCGAUCGAUUCGCAUUCGGGAGAAGGCCCUCUCAUCCAACUACCUUGCGGUGCGGAACAUAUUUGGCCAGUACUUCCUAAACGGGCAUCAACGUGUGGCCUGGCCCGGUAGCUACUCCCUAGGAGGUGCCAAGUUCCAGUACAACCGGCCGUACAAUGAACCAGAGACACUGGAAGCAGAGGGACCUUUAGAAGAGGAACUCGUUUUAGAGAUCCUUGUGCAGGACAACAACCCAGGCAUCCAGUACGAGUACACACUCCCGAAGACCCCAGACGCAGGCUUGAUCCAGCCUACGCAGGACAACUACACCUGGAGCCUGUCUGUGUCCUCGUGCUCAGAAGCCUGUGCUGGAGGUUUGAAGACGGUGUCUGCCAUUUGCCACAAGAACUUUGAGGUUGAGGUGGCUCCCAGCUUCUGUGGGAACCAACCCAAGCCGGAGACCGGGGAGUUUCCAUGCAAUGAGGAACCAUGUGGCCCAAGAUGGGUAACAGAAGAUUGGAAAACCUGCAGUAAAAUCUGUGAUGGGGGAAAACAGAGGCGCAAAAUAAAAUGUCGACAAAAAGUCUCGAAGUCCAAGGACAAGAAAUUGCGAAAGAAGUAUUGCAAAGACAUUCCUCGACCUACCACCAGUCAAAAAUGCAACGAGCAAGAAUGUCCUCCGACAUGGAGGACAGGGAAGUGGUCAAAAUGUUCAGGGUCGUGUGGUGUUGGCACACAGUUCAGGAAGGUCCACUGUCGCAGCAAGGGCCGUAAGGAGCUGCCAGCAAGCAUGUGUGGGACGCAUGCCCCUAACGACACCCAGUCAUGUGACAAUGGGGCGUGUCCAGAUCAGGUCAAGAAGUUGCCAAGGUUAAUUGAGACCCGAUGCCUGAAUGGAGACUGUGGAUACAGAUGGAUUGUCAGUGAGUGGACGGCAUGUUCUCGCGAGUGUGGAGGAGGCACUCAGAAACGUCGCGUCUGGUGCGAGGACGACAUUCACAAUACGGUGAAAAACAAGCACUGCAGUGAUAUGGAGAAACCCAGCAGGAAACAAGCCUGCAAUGAGCAGGAGUGUCGCAAUGUUUGGCACACUGGGACAUGGACGGAGUGCUCCACAACAUGUGGUAUAGGAGUUCAACAGAGACAGGUCAUUUGUCAAACCAACAACACGUCUUCAGCCGAGGUACUCGAUGCCGAAAAAUGCAACGAAACUCGGCCUGAAGAAAAGCGCUCAUGCAGCCUGGAACCAUGUGAACCCAUGCAGCAAUACGAUUGGUUGUUGUCGCCCUGGGGACCAUGCUCUCAAUCAUGUGGUUACGGAUGGACGACACGCCACCUUAGAUGUGCAAGCAUCGACAACCGCAACCGACGAUCGGUUGUUAACCACCAUUUCUGUCGUAACAUUCUCAAACCUGACGCCAUCAUGGUGGAAAACUGUUACAUCAUGGAAUGUGACAGGCAUAGUGAUGAUACUCGUUUCAAUGGUAACCAACAGCAUUCAAGCUGGGAAGCGUCCGACUGGGCGGAGUGUUCAAGGACAUGCGGUGAGGGGCUGCAGACUAGAACGGUCUCAUGCGUGAACAGUCGGGGUCAAGCGUCAAGUGACUGUGACCUCGCGACCCAGCCAGAGGUCAAGCAAACGUGUAACCAUGGCGAAUGUCUCCCCGUCCCUGCAGGUCACAGGGACUGUGUGGACCAGUACUCGUGGUGCCACCUAGUGGCUCGUGAAGUGUGCAAUAACAGACUCUACAGAGACAAGUGCUGUAAAUCAUGUAGUAUCGUAUGAGGGGAGGUAACUCUCAUACCCUUGGAACAAAGGGAGACAAGUGUUUUAAAUGUAGUCUCCUGAGAGGGGAGAUCAUUCUCAUAGAUUAAACAAAGGAGACAAGCUUUGUAAAUCGUGAAGUCCCCUUUAAGGGGAGAUCACUAUAAUUCUCUUGAAAUAAAGGGAGACCUAUAUUGUAAAUGAAGUCUCUUGAAAGGGGACAUUACUCUCACGAUUGGAACAAAAGAGAGACAACAUGUGUUAUUUUUCUCUCCUCUGGGAAGAGAUUUAGCGGAACAAAGGGAGACAAAACUUGAUUGAGCAUGGAGCAUUGUGGACUCCUGAAGUGCUUCAAGAUCAACAGAGUGGUGUAGUGCAUUACUAUUUUGGUGUGGCAUCUCUCUAUGACAUUGGCUUACACAAAGACAAAAAAGAGUUUAAGUUUAGUAGAAAUUGUAAACUUGUAAACUAGACAUUGCUUGCAUUAAGUGCAGCAAUCAGUGAAUUUUGCUGUGAAAAAACAUUCAAAGGGAAGUCACUUUGAAAAAAGCUGACUAGAUGUUCACCCAUGCAUGAACAUUUCACAUGAGAGAAAGGACUCUUACUUGAUGUUACCAGGGAAGUAACUCCAACUGACUGUGGUAUGUUGUUGCCAUGGUUUCAUGGUCAGGUCCAGAGUCAGUGUUUGUCUCAUUAUUAUGUCAGUUGCAUUUAGCUGAUUUAUGAACCAUGGUUGAUCAGGCAGUGGUUGUUUGUGCUGCAAAUGGAUCUGAUAUCUAUGUUACUGCAGUCCUACGAUGAUUUGUGUAGAAGUCAGGGUUUUGUCUUAUUUGAGACAUUAGCACAAGUUUAAGUUAUUUCGGAAUUUUCAAGGUAAAAAAUGUACAGCUGAUUAUAAUAAGUCAGAGAUGAUUAUAUUCAGUAUAUUGCUGAACAUGAAAUGUGCAAGUGACCAAGGAAAUGAAAUAAACUUAUUUAAGAUGAAUUAUAAUAGAUGUUGGUGCUUUGCAAUUAAAAUGUAUUAGUGAUGUAAAUUAUGUCCUACAGUGUUAAAUAAGACUGGUCCAAGGGUUGGGCCAGUAAUAAAAGUACAGAACAGUGUCUGUGUGUUUACAAUUUUGAAAAUGAUUAAUGUCAUGAUCUACUCUUAUUACUGUGUCUGUAUUACUGAUUAUUGAAUAACAUCCCUUACUGUAGCAUUUGCCAUUGGUAUAGUGCAAUUUCUCCGCAUUUAGGUUCUCUUUUUAUGUGAGAACAAACAUAAGUGUCUGAUUUUUCAUAUUCAUACAUUUGUGUUAAUUAUCAAAGAAUGGUUUUAAAAAGAAGUUAAAAAUGUUCACAAAAUUGUUAAAGCCUAUAAUGAUGUGUAAGAUAUAUCAGUGAAAUACAUCAGCAAUAACAGUUCUACUGCGCAAAGCAAUGAUUGUAUUUCUACCAAACAUCACUAAAAAAGCAAUACAAAUUGUGUAAGAAUGCAUGAUAAUUGACUUGAUUUUGCUAUAAACGAUUACUUAUAAAUGUAAAGAAUCAGAGUAGAUCCAAUCUAAUGGGGAUUUGGUUAUAAUGAUUUUCAAGCAAUAUUUUUCAAAUCUGUUGUUUGCAAGUCACCUUAGGGAUCUUCUGCAAAUCAAGUCCUCGACCCUUGAUAGUUUAUAUUUUGAGAGGCUGACUGUCUCAACAUUUUGCUGUACAUGUUAUAUGUAACCGUAGAAACUUUGGUUUGCAGAGGUUAAUGGUAGUCCAGGUAUUAAGGACACAUCAUUACGAAGUUUUUUUGUAUUUGUGGACUAUUUAUUUGAACAUUAAGUGUUCACCUUGCAUCAUAAAGAGAAGCUUGAAUAUAAUGCGAGGCCUUUAAGAACUUGGGGUUGUUUUAACAGACAUUGAAUCGCAAUAUGUGAAAGUUGUUAAUGAAAGGUUAUCAAUUCAAGUUGGUAUUUUGCAAACAUUAAAUUAUUUCUAUUUUAAUUGUCAUUGAAUAUUUGUAAUAUGAAAUGGCUAUUAAGUAUUCAUACAGCACAAGAUAAGAAUGUGUAUGAGGAGUGUUUUGUGGUUAAAGUAACAUUUGUGUUAUUGCUGCUGCCUGACAACUUUAUAUCAUAGCAAAACAAGAGGCAGUGUUAUUGCUAUUGCAGUCCUAAAACAACUGUCAUUAUAAAAGACAUUAACAUUAAACACUAUUCAAUUAUUCUGUAGCAAUCAUUACUGAUAGACAAACCUUGGCAGUCAUUAUUAAAUAAACACAUUUGCAGUAUGCCAACUUUAAUUUUGAUAGAUUUUAGGUUGAAAAUAGUUAUAUUUUGAAAUGUUCAGUGAAGUAUUGAUAAGUCGAGGGGAAUUUUGAACAAUUGUGAUUUACAUGUUUUGUCAUUUUUUGACACUUAUUAUUUCUAUUGACAAGUAUCUAUUAUUUCUUUGUUAUUUAUUCCAUUUGUUCUCAUAACAAUAUUAACUACUUAACAUUACAGAGAAACAGGUGUUUGGCAUCUGUAGGUAUAAGGUUUUUUUUAUUGUGUUUUUAACUCUAUAUUAUCUACUGUAACUUAAUUCAAUCUUGACAAGGCAUCAGUUCUUCUGAUGUUCCUUUGGUAAUGGUGAAACAAAACAUAUUUGUGGAGAUUGAAUAGAUAUUAACUGCGUAACCCUAUGUUUUAUGUUCUAACAAUAAUAAACCAACUAAUUCAGACGAAUAAUUUUGAUAAUUAGCAACACUUGACGAUUGACAUUCUGUUUAUGUCACCAUUUACAUGAUGGUCUUUUUGCAACAAUAAUAGUUCAUUUGUGGUGUGCAACUCGUUGCAUUUUCAUGUUCUGGCAUGUUAUUAAAUGAAGUUAUAACAGUUUAACUUAGUGACUAGUCAGUUGAAUUAUUUUUGCAAAUUAAACUAGGUACUUUGACUUAAAAACAGAAUUAAGCUUAUGCCAUUUUAACGUAUAUCUGCAGGUUAACAGAUCUUAAAAGAAGCUAUUGGUUUUCAUGUUUAGGUCUUAAGUUCCCACCACAGGUAUUGGGCGCGUGGCCAAGUCACUUUAACACUAUCAAUAUGUCAUAAAACAACAUUUUUCAUCAUAUUGACAAAUUUUUUUUCUAUAUAUAUACAUUAUAUAAGAUUUUUAACCAGGUUUUCUGAAGGAAAAAACUGGUUAUUAGAUUGGCGAAUGUCGGCGGGCGGACUGGUGGGCUGGCAGGUUGGUGGGCGGAACAAGCUUGUCCGGGCCAUAACUUUGCGUUCAUUGUGAGAUUUUAAAAUCAUUUGGCACAUUUGUUCACCAUCAUUAGACAGUGUGUUGCGCGAAAGAAUUACGUCGAUAUCUCCAAGGUCAAGGUCACACUUUGAGUUCAAAGGUCAAAAAUGGCCAUAAAUGAGCUUGUCCGGGCCAUAACUAUGUCAUUCAGUGUGAGAUUUUAAAAUCAUUUGGAACAUUUGUUCAACAUCAUUGGACAGUGUGUCGCACGAAAGAAUAACGUCAAUAUCUCCAAUGUCAAGGUUGCCACGACUAAAAAUAGAUUUAUUUUGAAACAAACUUAAAAAAGGGGGUUAAUUUUGUUUGUUCAUUUCAAAAGUUCAGUUUGAGUUGUCUCCCUUUAUCACAUUUUUUUUUCAUUUGUUCACCAUCAUUAGACGGUGUGUUGCGCGAAAUAAUUACGUUGAUAUCUCCAAGGUCAAGGUCACACUUUGAGUUCAAAGGUCAAAAAUGGCCAUAAAUGAGCUUGUCCGGGCCAUAACUAUGUCAUUCAUUGUGAGAUUUUAAAAUCAUUUGGCACAUUUGUUCACCAUCAUGGGACGGUGUGUCGCACGAAAGAAUCACUUCAAUAUCUCCAAUGUCAAGGUCACCACGACUAAAAAUAAAUUUAUUUUGAAACAAACUUUCAAAGGGGGUUAAUUUGGUUUGUUCAUUUCAAAAGUUCAGUUUGAGUUGUCUCCCUUUAUCAGAUUUUUUUUCACAAUGAAAACCUGGUUUUGUGACAAUUUUGUCCCUUGUUAUAUAUUUUUUUGUCAAAAUGAUGACAAUUGUUGUUUUAUGACAUAUUGAUAGUAUUAAAGUGACUUGGCCACGCGCCCAAUACCUGUGGUUUCCACUCAAAGUUUUAACAAAGUAUUCUUAAAUUCUAAUUCUUUAGACAGCUUGUUCAAGUCCAAACAAAGAGCAGAUGCAAUCACGUUUAAAGUCAGCCAGCCAGUAGCUUCCUAAUUCUUUUAUUGACUGCACAUGCAUUUUAAGAUUUUCUUUUCAAGUUUUAAUGGCUGUACCUUUUCUUGUUAAGCGUCACACAUUCAAAUUCAGACAUACUGAAGGCCUUUUUACAAUUCUGUCACUAAAGGUAUUGUUUUGGGCGGUCUUAAUUUAUGAUCCCUGUUCUAAUGACAUUGUCAUGUAAACCUUCAAUACAGGUUGGUUUGCAUGCAUUCUGCACCUGGGUAAAUGAAACCUGGCAUGCUCAAUUCAAAUAUCAUCUGCCUUUUUGUCACUGAUUCUGUUUAAGGGAUGAUUUAAACUCGAAACUAUAAUUUAAGAAAAUAUUUCAGUCAAGAUGGGCAUAAAUAAAUUGGUAACCUCAAAUAUGUUUCAAUGUUCAAUACAUUUCUGCAUUCCUAUAUAUAAUUACAAAGUUAAAGUGUUAUUAUUAUAUUCAAAAGGUACAAUUAAUGCAUUCUAAAGAGAAAACAUAAUGAACAAAAACUUAUAAAACUGUCAAGUAUGCCUUUUUAGUUUUAAAAUUGUUUAUGAUAUAUGAUAGAAAUAUAGAAAUACAUGUGAGCCGCACUUUGAUAAAUUGGGCUUUAUGCAUGAGCACUGCUGUGCACUUUACACAGGCUAAUCAGUGAAGACACUUUGCGCUUAAUUAAACUAGAUUUUCAUUUAAAAGUGACUUCUUUUAACAAAAACUCCAUAAAAUGAUAAAGCAAAAAGUAUGUUCUCUUGUAGCCUGUGUGGACUGCACAGGCUUAUAUGAAGACAAUUUUCGCACAUUCAUUAAGCCUGGUUUUCCUAGGUUGAGGCUCAGUUAUUUAUCAUAUUGUGUGAUUUUGAAAGGCCAGUGCACAUAAAUAAGUAUAGAAAUAGUUUAUAAUUGGGCCGUGCUCUGUGGAUAGGGGGUUUAAUGAAGGUGCGUAAAGUGUCAUCCCACAUUAGCCCAUGCAGUCUGCACAGGCUUAUCAGGGACAACACUUUCCGCCUAAACUAGAUAUUUGCUAAGGAGAGACUUUCUUCAAACAAAAAUACCAUAAAAGCAGAAAGUGUUGUCCCUGAUAAGCCUGUGCGGACUGCACAGACUAAUCAGGGACAACACUUAACGUACAUUCAUUUAACCUUUUUUUUUACAGAGAACAGCUCAUAAUGUUAUUUUUUGCAGAUUUUUUUACUUAUUUGAAUAAUUAAAGUUUGUUAAAUGCACUUGUUAUUCUAAAAUUACAACCAGACUUCAAUUAUAGCCAGAAGGUAAUUAAAACAAAAAACAGCUUUGAAAAAUUUGUCUUCAUUGUAUUCAAUUUAAUAUUUAAUUUGUAGUUUAAAUCAAUUUACAGAUUAAAUGCCAUAUUGUUGGAGGCUUCCCUAAAUUCUUUUGGUUAGUUGAAUAUUUGUACAGUACAUUUAUAGUAUAAUAGUUGAUUGUUUAAUACUUUUUUUGUAAGUUUAUUAUAGUAUUGUGAUAUCUCAUUUCUAAAUAUUUUCCAUUAUUCCAAAUCAUGCUAUAUUUGUAUAUUAUGAAGAUUGUGUUCUGAUAGCAUUUCUGUUAUUUUUCUUGUCAGAUGUAAAUUGUUCAUGUUUUGACAUGUUUAUAUUUUUUCACCUCAAGUGUACAGAAAUGUGAAUUAUCAUUUGUUAUUUAUAGCAUUUAUUUUUUUCCUGAUGAAUUGAAAUAAAUCCUGCCAAAUAAUGA